AUGGCGCGGGAGGGAGGCGGCGGGCUCACCCGCGGCGGAGGAGUUGAAAAUCCAGUACCGGGAAAAAUCCUUUUACCCGCCGCUUUCCCGCCCUUCUCCCGGUUCUUCCCCCCGCUACCUCCCGGCCCGGGCUCGCCCCUGGCGCUGUCCGUGGUGGCAGGGCGGGCGGCUGGCCCGGGGUCAUCCCGCUCCGCCUGCCCCGGUGCGGAGCCGUUCCCGCACAAGCCCCGGGCGGAGGCAGCUGAAGGUUUGCUUUGCCUCGAGAGACCUCUCAGGGAGCGUGAAGGGGGUGUUGUUCUCGGCACUCGCUUUCUGCCCUCCCUUGCCCGUGUUUACUUUAGCUCGAGAGUUACAAGAAGAGUUUACUUUUCCAGGCGCAGCCCUUUCUUCGCUGCUGAGGCUCUUUGCUGUCCCUCCCAGCGCUGGCAAAGGUUAAAAUCGGUAUCUAACACCUGCUUCCGAUUAGUUAAUCCAACAGGCUGCUUCUACUGCAAUUUGCAAGAAGGUGUCUCCUCUGCUGCCCCCAUGCCCCCACACGCGGACAGACAGACUGACAGCUGCUGUAUUUUUUUUUCAAAAGAGCCAUUAACCACAACCUGGACAGAGUUUUCAGAUUCAGGUAUGUUGGAGUAGAUUCACACUAGGCAGCCUUGAGCAGUUUGGAUUUUGGUACCAAAUGGCUGUGGAAGGAUGGUGCAGAUCAGACCCUUCUGGCACUUAAACUAGAAGAUACGACAAUAAAGCUUCAGUAUUUCUGCUUUCUUAAAUCUAUCAUAUCUUACCCUAGAAAUAAAAGAAGGAAAGCAAAAGGA